AUGGAUAAGGCGCUUUUGAAUUUUAUUUUAUAUUAUUUUUUAAAAAUUAAUAUGAAGGUGUUAGUAGCGUUCAACUGCUGGGAUAUGGAAACACAAUUGGCUUUCUAUAAAAUGGCCGCUGAUAGGUCUUUUUAUAUAGAUUACAUUAAUAUUAAUGAUUCUAAGGCAAUUCAGGGCAUUGAGUAUCGACUAUGGGGUAAGCGGCCAACCAUGGGCAUUUUUCUGGAUUUAAAUUGCGAGAGCACUGAGGAACUCUUGGAUAUCGCAAGCAAACAGCGACUCUUCAACGAUCAUUUCUUCUGGCUGAUCUACGAUGGCAUGACCAACGUAACAUACUUUCGGGCACUCUUUAAACAACUAAAUCUCGCUGUUGAUGCCGAAGUAACAUAUGCUGUCUUGCAGAGCGUAGAAAGUGACUGGAAUAAUACAAAUUUAGCCGCCUACACGCUCUACGAUGUCUACAACAAUGGCUACAAUCAUGGCGGGAAACUAAAUAUGACGCUAGAUCGCGAGAUUUAUUGCACCGCGGCGCAGUGCACACUAAGUAAAUAUCUCUCAAAGCUGCAUUUACGCAGUAAAUAUGGCAAUAGAAAUCAGUUGCAUGAUGUCACAUUGCGCUUGACUGUGGUGGUCACCAAAGUACCUUUAACGGCUCCGCCUGAAGAAAUUUUCGCUUUCUUGCGUUCGGUUAGUGACACCAGUAAGGACUCAAUAGCACGUUUUGGUUUUCAGGCCGUGUCGAUUUUAAUACACUUCUUGGGUUGCAACGUAAACUACACUCUUGUGAAUCGCUGGACAAUCAACGAAACUCAUGGCGGCCUAAUCGGUGCUUUGGCUGUCCAAAGUGCUGAUCUCAUAUCCACACCGUUCAUUCCGACAGCACCGCGCAUGGAGUUCUUUACGAUCAUCGCUGAGACCUCUUCAUUUCGCUCGAUUUGCCUUUUUCGCACGCCUCGCAAUUCCGGUAUACAGGGUGAUGUAUUCUUGAAGCCCUUCAACACCACUGUCUGGCUGCUAUUUGGUUUGCUACUCUUUUUAACAGCUGCAGUGCUUUGGAGUAUUUUUAGGCUAGAACGAAAGCGCAUGCAUCAGCGUUAUGUCGAUUACAUGCCUUCGUUUUUAGCUACAUUCCUCAUCUCCUUUGGUUCGGCUUGUAGUCAGGGCAGCGAUUUGGUGCCGGGCUCCAUCGGUGGAAGGAUGGUCUUCUUUACACUGUAUUUACUAACUUUUCUAAUGUACAACUAUUACACAUCUAUUGUGGUUUCAUCGCUGCUUGGUUCGCCAGUGAAGUCUGAUAUCAAGACAAUGGGCCAGUUAGCCGAUAGUUCACUGGAAGUGGGACUGGAGCCGUUACCGUUCACCUUGACUUAUCUGAAUAAUUCUCUGUUGCCGGAAGUACGCCGCUUCAAACACAAAAUUGACUCCACACCCAAUCCACAAGCCAUUUGGAUGCCCUUGAAGAAAGGUAUACUGCGUGUACGCGAUGAACCUGGUUUUGUGUUUGGUUUUGAGGCCUCCACUGGCUUUCUGCUGGUCAAACGUUACUAUAAACCAUAUGAAAUCUGCGAUUUGAAUGAAAUCCUAUUUCGUCCCGAGAAAAGUUUAUUUAGUUCGAUACAUAAGAACUCUAGCUACAAAGAGAUCGCCAAGCAAAGAGUUUACCGCAUUUUGGAGACUGGCGUUUCUUUGAAGUUGCAUCGCUAUUGGGUACAAACCACUUUGGAGUGUUUUGAUAGCAAUUUCAUAGUUGAAGUUGGCAUGGAAUAUAUGGCGCCACUUUUCUUUCUGUUGGUGUGUACGUACCUAUUGGUGCUCACCGUAUUGCUGUUGGAGAUUUUGCAUAAGAAGUAUUGGAUUGAUAAGAAAAUGAGAUUGGAGAGUAUUCUGUUUGGCGUCAAUUGGCAUAACGAGUGA